AACUCUUCAAAGCAGACGCAUAUAUUUAGUAUAUUACACUUUCUGUCCCCCUCUACAUACUGUGCUUUUUGUUCCUCCCUCCAUAAUCUUUCCAUUUCCUUUCCCCCUCCUGUCUAUAAUGUAAGAAAAAAAGUGCAAAUUUUCUUGUUUUUCUGGCUUGUAACUUUGCACUUUGCACUUUGAGCUUCCAAUUCAAGAAUGGCCUCUACUCUGUCAAUGCUGCUCUGCAUUUCUGUGUUGCUGCUGGGGUUGUGUUCAGCUGAAGAUCCAUUUGCUUUCUAUGACUUUGAGGUCUCCUACAUUACUGCUUCUCCUCUUGGUGUGGAACAACAGGUUAUUGCUGUUAAUGGGAAAUUUCCAGGGCCUGUUAUCAAUGUAACUACUAACUACAAUGUUGUUGUUAAUGUAAAGAACAAAUUGGAUGAAGAACUACUCAUGCACUGGUCUGGUGUUCAGCAGAGGAAGAGUUCUUGGCAAGAUGGGGUGUUGGGUACAAACUGCCCAAUACCUGCAAAAUGGAACUGGACUUAUCAGUUUCAAGUGAAAGACCAGAUUGGGAGUUUCUUUUACUUCCCUUCCCUCAAUUUUCAGAGAGCAGCAGGUGGCUAUGGUGGAUUUACAAUCAAUAACAGGGUUAUAAUCCCGAUUCCUUUCGAUACCCCAGACGGGGAUAUCACAAUCUUGAUUGGAGAUUGGUACACCCGAAACCACACGGCUCUGAGGAAAAGUCUUGAAGACGGGAAAGAAUUGGGAAUGCCCGACGGUGUUCUUAUUAAUGGGAAAGGGCCUUAUAGAUACAAUAACUCUCUCGUCCCUGAUGGUAUUGACUAUGAAACCAUUACAGUCCACCCGGGAAAGACUUACAGGAUUCGUGUCAGCAAUGUUGGGAUAUCGACAAGUUUGAACUUCAGAAUUCAGAGUCACAACCUGCUUCUAGCGGAGUCAGAGGGGUCGUACACAGUGCAACAGAACUAUACUAGCUUAGAUAUUCAUGUCGGGCAAUCGUACUCGUUUUUGCUAACCACAGAUCAGAAUGCGAGUUCUGAUUACUACAUUGUUGCGAGCGCUAGGUUUGAGAACGAAACUUUAUGGCAAAGGGUCACCGGGGUUGCCAUCUUGAAAUACACAAAUUCAAAGGGGAAAGCUCACGGUCCCCUCCCCGAUCCACCAAAUGAUGAGUACGAUAAAACGUUUUCCAUGAACCAGGCCAGGUCUAUAAGGUGGAAUGUGACUGCAAGUGGGGCUCGUCCAAACCCUCAAGGCUCUUUCAGAUAUGGUUCGAUCAACGUGACAGAGUUGUACGUUCUAAGGAACAAACCACCAAUUAAGAUCAAUGGGAAACAACGAACCACUCUUAACGAGAUUUCGUUUUCUAAUCCCAAGACUCCGAUCAGGCUUGCAGACCAAUUCAAAUUGAAGGGCGUUUAUAAGCUCGAUUUUCCCACUAAGCCACUUACGGGAUCACCUAAGAUGGACACUUCAGUCAUAAACGGUACCUAUAGGGGAUUUAUGGAAAUAAUUUUGCAGAAUAAUCACACAAAAGUGCAAACCUAUCACUUGAGUGGAUACGCCUUUUUUGUGGUUGGGAUGGAUUAUGGCGAGUGGACAGAAAAUAGCAGAGGCACUUAUAACAAGUGGGAUGGAAUUGCUCGCUCCACUAUACAGGUUUACCCCGGGGCCUGGACAGCAAUCUUGAUCUCUCUUGACAAUGUUGGAGUAUGGAACCUGAGAACAGAAAACCUCGAUUCCUGGUACCGUGGUCAAGAAACAUACAUCAGGGUUGUGAAUCCCGAGGCUACUAACAAGACGGAGUUGCAAAUGCCAGACAACGCCCUCUUCUGUGGCGCCCUUCAAAAAAUGCAGAAGCCUCAAGACGUAACAUCUUUGGCAACAUCCAUUAAGGGAAACACGUCGAAGCUGAGUUUCACUGUGCUGCUGCUGUUGCUGAUAUCUACAAUGCUUUCUGUAUGAUAUAUACAUGAAGAGAGAGUCUGGCUUUAUUUUAGUGAUGGAUGUAGGAGCAGAAGUUUAGUCUUGUUGAUAAUGAAACAUUUAUCACUUUUUUUUUUUUUUUUUUGUAUUUAAUUUUUCAUGUUUUAUGGUUGUAUUAACUGUUCCACAGAUGCUUGUUUAUUUAUUUCCAUUCUUUUAUUGUAUACUUGCUUUGCUCAA